GGACGCAGUUGCGCACCGGCUGCUCACCGGGAGAGAGGUGGAAAGCCUUCGUCAGCUCGCGAGCUUUCCCCCGGUGACUCAAACUCUAAACCGCCGCCCGGAAGUUUUUAUAACUCGUUGCUGUUCGUCACGACUUUUUGUGUCAGCGUGUAAACUUUUCCUCGGUUCCGUGAAGUUCGUGAUGUUUUGAUUCUCCAGCUGCGAUCCUACCGACGGACGGACCGACCGACCGACCGACUGACUGACUGCCGGGUGUGCGUACUGCGCCGCCGAGAAGAGGCGCCUCCUCCAUCUCUCCUCUCCCGCAGCGGAGGGAACAUAUUCUCAGUCAGCAUGACACAAAUGUCAGGAUUUGUGAGUUGAUAGCGCGCUACACUUGAGGCUCUGGACGCUUGAGUUCGCGAGUGGGAUGUUCUCCUGAGUUCAAUUUCCCAUUCUGACAAAGGCUUUUCUGAGAAUCACCCCCCACCCGAUAAUACACAAUGGCUAACAGCAUAAUUGUGGAGCAGCAGUUUUCUCACAAAUUCACGGUGACAGUGGCUCGGGCUAAGAGCGUCACCAAGGGAGCGCUGGGUGACCUGUUGGACACCCCAGAUCCGUAUGUGGAGCUGUACAUCGCGACGGCCCCAGAGAGCAGAAAGAGGACCAAGCACAUUGACAACGACAUCAACCCAAAAUGGAACGAGACCUUUCAAUUCAUAUUAGACCCCAACCUGCAGAACGUCCUGGAGUUAACAUUAAUGGACGCCAACUAUGUGAUGGAUGAGACACUCGGGACGGCGUCCUAUGACAUCACCAAGCUCCCAGUGGGCCAAACAAAGACAGAGGCUUUCCUCAUUGGCAAAGCAACCAAAGUGUACUUAGAGAUGUCGCUGGAGAUCUGCACUAAACUGGACCUGCGGUUCAGCUUGGCUCUGUGUGACAAAGAGAAGCAGUUCAGACGAACCCGCAGAGACAGAGUGAUGCUGGGCAUCAAGAAGCUGCUGGACAUGGAGAAGCCUCGUUUCCUCCCCAGCUCUCCAAAUGAGGUUCCAGUGAUAGCCAUCGCAGGUUCUGGAGGCGGGUUCCGGGCCAUGGUCGGCUUCUCGGGCGUCAUGAAGGCCCUGUUUGAGUCCGGGGUUCUGGACUGUGCCACGUACGUCGCCGGCCUCUCCGGAUCCACAUGGUACAUGUCCGCUCUCUAUUCCCACCCCGACUUCCCAGAUAAGGGCCCAAGUGACAUCAACAAGGAGCUGAUGAAAAGAGUUAGCGGUAACCCCCUGAGGCUGCUGAUGCCCCAGCACAUCACCAACUACAUCCAGGCCCUGUGGAGCAAAAAGGCCUUAGGGCAGCCUGUUACCUUCACUGACAUCUUCGGUAUGCUCAUAGGAGAGACGCUCGUACCUGCGAGGAUGGACAUCAAGCUGAGUGACAUCCAGGGUAAAAUAGACCAGGCCCAGUCUCCGCUCCCUCUCUUCACGUGUCUGCACGUCAAGCCAGAUGUCUCUGAACUCAUGUUUGCAGACUGGGUGGAGUUCAGCCCGUAUGAAAUUGGGAUGGCAAAGUACGGCACCUUCAUGACCCCAGACCUGUUCGGGAGCAAGUUCUUCAUGGGAACAGCUGUGAAGAGAUACCAGGAGAACCCUCUUCACUUUCUGAUGGGUAUAUGGGGAAGUGCCUUCUCCAUUCUGUUUAACAGAGUGCUGGGAGUCAAGGACACAGUCGGUGGCAGCACCAUGGAGGAGGAGUUAGAGCAGAUCAAACCCCAGCACAUUGUCGGAGAGGACAGCAUGGACAAUGAGGACGAGCCGCGCAAAGGUGGGAGAGAGAACCAGGAGGCCGAGGACGACUUUAACCGCACCGCUCAGGCCAGCUGGUGCCAGCGGAUGAUCACAUCGCUCUUCAGUGACUCUUCGCUGUUCAACACUCGAGAAGGCCGAGCCGGGAAGGUGCAUAACUUCAUGCUGGGCUUGAACCUGAACACCAGCAUCCCCUUCUCUCCGGCCAACGAGGUCCCGUGUCACGCGUCUCCACCUGAGGAGGAGGUUGAUGCCGUCACGGACCCGGACGAGUUCGAUCGUAUCUACGAGCCCCUGGAUGUGAAGAGUAAGAAGAUCCAUGUGGUGGACAGCGGUCUGACCUACAACCUGCCCUACCCUCUCAUCCUGCGGCCGCAGCGUGGCGUCGACCUCAUCAUCUCCUUCGACUUCUCUGCCCGGCCGAGUGACUCCAGCCCCCCGUUCAAGGAGCUGCUGCUUGCAGAGAAGUGGGCUCGAAUGAACAAGCUCCAGUUCCCCAAGAUCGACCCCAAAGUCUUUGACCGCGAGGGCCUGAAGGAAUGCUACGUUUUCAAACCAAAGAAAGGAGAGAAGAACUGCCCGACCAUCAUCCACUUUGUCCUGGUCAACAUCAACUUCAGGAAAUUCAAAGCGCCUGGUGUCCCCAGAGAGACUGAGAAGGACAAGGAGUUUGCAGACUUCGACAUCUUCGACGACCCGGAAUCGCCUUUCUCCACCUUUAAUUUCCAGUACUCCAACCAGGCCUUCACCCGACUCCAUGACCUGAUGGAGUUCAACACUCUAAACAACCUGGAGGUGAUCAAAGACGCCAUCAAGGAGUGCAUCGUCUCCCGUAAGGAGAGCCCCUCCAGCCCCUCCCGCUCCUUCUCCCUCAGCGAGACCCCGAAGAAGAAGAGGUCCCCCCCCGAAGCCUUGGCAACCCUUGGGAAAUGAGAAACAGUAGCCUCGUUCGCUUGUUUGGCCGUAAAGUUGGAGACUGUGGAUCAGUGGACUUUAGGGAUUUUUUUGUCUGUGUAGAUUCUACCUUAACAUAAAUCAUUUUCUUUUUGGAAAGUGCCAUCAUGUCCAUCUCCUCCCUGUGUGCUUUUUUUCCACCAGGAGGAUUUGUUCAACUCAGAUUUUGUGUCGCUAAAGAACCUUCAUGUUUACUGUUAGAGCGUUCAUGUACAACACAGUUAGAAUUUUCAUCUGGUUUUAUUUGCACCGAUGUGGCUGCUGUUGGUGUUUACUGACCUCAAAGCAGCCGAUGAGUGUUGUGCAUGUGGGCGACUGGGGAAAGACUGGAUGUCGAAAACCUCUGCAGGGUGAGUGGGUUGUUGCAGGUCACAUCUGGCUCCAUCACAAACUACACAAGACUGUGAAAUCUGUCUUUCAUUUUUUUUAAUAUUUACUGAGUUUCGAGCAGUUCUAUAUAUAUAUACAUAUAAGUCUGCUCGUCCGCCUCACUUCGGUGAAUCGUGUGAAAUUUCCACUCCUGCUAAAACAUUCCUAUUUUAUGUGGACGCCUCUUGGCUUCGGUUCACGCCGCCUAGAGCGCAGCUGCAUUUGCAUGUUUCCGAUGAGGUUUGAAGGCGCCGUGCUGUGUGAGUGAACCUGCACCGGAGCUGAACUCUCGUGUAUCGAUCGUGCGACUAGACCUCGCGAUUCCUUUUGUUCUCCCUGUAUCUGUUUUUAAACCUUGGCGUCUCGUCUAAACACGAAAUCCUGUUUGAAAACAUGGAAGAGGAGCUCGUAACCACGGUUUUUGUUUUAUGGCAACUCCUAAACACGCCAAGUGCUACCCCCCCUCUGGAUACCUCAAACAUCUCAGUGAUGUUGUUUACCCACCUACUGGGAAGGAGCACUCCCUGCUCCCCCGGAGGGAGUGCCUCACAUUAAAGCCACCAUUUUGGGAAAACAAAACUUGACACCAUAGAAACAGUUCCGCUUCUUUUCCUUCUGCUGCUCUCUCUCUCUCCCUGUAUCUCGCCAGUAGGAUGAGGUUGUGUUUAUUUUCCUGACCGUGUUGUUUCAGGCCGACUUCCAGACGCAAUUGAAUUCUCCGAGGUCAUUUGCUCGUCCGACGAAUCCGGCUCGCGGCGGGACUUCUCCGACCUCCCCCGGUGGGAUGACGGGCGGCUCGGGCUGAAAAUGGUGGUUCUUUGCUGCACUCAGUGGAAUUUUACACACUACACCUACACCUGCAGCAGUGGAGACCUGGAAUCUGACACACUACACCUAUACCUGCAGGGGCCCGAAGGCUGCACACAGAUCAGUGGAAUUUUACACUGAAGUGCUUCCGACCUCUUUAUACUCGAGUUCCAGCCCCACUGGUUUGCAAGAAUUUGAGAAUAAAAGCGUUUUCUUCAGAGUUAUGACAGAGUUAUGACUUUUUUUGGCACCUGGUUUGCAUUGUGUUUCAUUGUGUUUUCCGUAAUCAUCAGCAUUUUCUUGAUAAUGAUUUUUGCUUUUUUAUUAGUUAUUUGGAAAUUUGUUUUGUUGCGUAUCCGCUUUCAUUUAUUUGAUACCAGUGUCAUAUGUGUCAGUGGAAGCCAAAGUCAUGACAUCACGUCUGGGCUCCGCUGUUUCACAAGCCUCUGUUACUCAUUCCCACUUUCAUUCAUAGUGAAGUGUGUUAAUGUUGUCAAAGAAGAAUUAACACCAAUCACAUCAUAUAUGAUACAAAUAGAUUUUGAUGAUUAAAUUAAUUAUUUUUCAUCCGUGUCCAUCAUAUUCACUGGUGCUCUUUUCUAGAGUCUCCAGUUAGCUACUCGAUGUGGUUAAUUGUAAUCCGCAGAUUUAAAAGCCGUUCCCGGAUGUGACUCGCUCAUUGACUCACCUGGAUCUGUCCAAACUAUUCUCUGAAUAUAAAGAUGAACGUCUCCACUUGCUCCCACUGUCCAGAAAGGAGGUCUAAAUGUCUUGGAUAUGAACACUGCCAUUUUGCGUGAAGACGGGGAUGGGGCUGUGCUAUUGAAGUCUCACACUCAGCCAAUCAGGAGUCAGUCUCAGCUGCCAAUCAUUACACUUCGCUCCUUUUUUAUAUAUGUAAUUAAGACAAAACAUUUUUUUAAUAAGAACAACCUAAAGCAUGUUUGAGUUUUUUUUUACUUUUUAGUUUGGCUUAUGUCCCAUCCACUAACAUAGAGGAGGGAGAAUUUAUAAUCUAUAUUGCUGGCAGCCACUAGGGGGCGAUCAAGUUGAUUUUGCAUCACUUUAUCGGAGGUGUCAUGUUAUAUGUACAGUCUGUGAUCAUAGCAUUCAAAACUGAGAGGUGCUGGUAGGUGGCUAUAGCUUCGGGCAGACCCAGGCUAGAUGUUUCCCUUUGUUUUCAGUCUCUAUGCUAAGCUACGUUAAGCAAAUAUAUAAGAAAUAUUUCUUUACGACCGAGAACAGACUCAAAUCUCUGUGCAGCGAAAGAAGCAAUGAUCAUUUUAUGAAUCCUGUCAAGCUGCCAUGUUAAACUAUUGUACGUACGUUUACGUAAGCAAACGUGAACUGAUGUUUUAUUCUGUACAUUCUUUGUCAUAUUACAUUUUAGAAUUUUUUUCACGUUGUUUACAGAUGCAUAAAAUGCUAGUCAUCUCUAGAAAGUCAAGUAUAGAAAAUACCAGCGAGAUCUUGAACUGUUCGUAUUAUAACUGGCCAAGCAUGACAUUCACAAUGUUUAUGUGAUUAUAAAGAAUCAAAUAAUAAAGAGACUUUACAACGGUGUAA